AUGGGGCCGAUGAGCGGCGAGGACAAUCUGUGCGUCCGAAGGAAGAGGACGAUCCAGUGGCGCCAGACGCCCGUCGGGGAUUGCUGGAUACGGGCCGUCGUGAUGCGGCAUGCGGACCGUGGCGUUUUCGUUUCCCCGUGCACCGAAAUCGUUGGAAAAGCCGAGAACAAAAACCGGCCGACGUGGCGCCAGCGCGCCUCGGGAGCCAAUGAACGCCGUCCGGCGCGGGCGCUC